AUGUCCGGGACAGAGAUUGUGGUCCGCGAGUCCCACCGGCGGUACCACUGGCCCGAACUCCAACUUAACCUAUGGAUCUUCGUUGUCCUGGCUGGUGCCGCCACGGUACUAGGCAUCAAUGCCUGGUUUAUCGUGGUCCAACAACAGAUGGACAUAGGCAUACCAUGGCUCUUCACGUUCGCCAUCGUCACUGCUUCGCUUACGAUAUUGUUUCUACUCAUCAUCUUGGUCCUUGCCUCUAGGCGGAUGCUCAUUCCGGGCGGCAUUCUGCUGGGCGCUUUCAUCCUAUUUGUACUAUGGCUGACGGUCCUGAUCGAGACAGCUAUACAAUUAUUCGGUCCUUCGGGUAACGUUAACUCGAACUGCAACACCUAUGUUACUGGCCGGCCGUACACAGGCGUAUCUGUCGAGACACUGGCUUGGUUGACCCAGAGCAAUAUCUGCGCGUGUUGGAAAGCUUCCUUUGCUUGGUCCAUCGUGCUUGCGGUGCUGUUCUUCUGGAUGAUUGUGCUUGCCUGGCAGGUUCAGCGAGACAACUACUAA